CGCUAGGGUCUGGCAACAUCCCGCUCCCCGCUCACUACAAAAUCGAUUACCUUCAUGAACUUGAUGAAUCUGCUUUGAGUGGUACCACAUCUUUACUCCCCUUUAACCAUGGCAUCUUGUCAGAGAGGCUGUGCUCCCAUUGUGCGCCUCUGCCAGAAAGUCAACCGUCUCAAGACUUUAGAGGAUGACAUGAUGGCCACCUCCCUGAAGCGCUGUCUCAACACCCUGGACUUAACUCUCAUGGGAGUUGGUGGCAUGGUUGGCUCUGGUCUCUAUGUCCUGACUGGCACAGUGGCCAAAAACAUGGUGGGACCUGCUGUCAUUCUGUCAUUUGCAAUUGCGGGAUUUGCCAGUCUCUUGUCUGCACUUUGUUAUGCUGAGUUUGGAGCGCGCAUACCCAAGACGGGAUCCGCCUAUAUGUUUACCUAUGUGUCUGUUGGAGAGGUCUGGGCUUUUCUCAUUGGCUGGAACGUAGUUUUGGAGAAUAUGAUUGGUGGAGCCGCUACGGCCCGAGCAUGGAGUGGUUAUCUGGACUCGGUUUUUAACCAUGCUAUCCAAAACUAUACAGAGUCACACAUUAUGUCCUGGAAUGUCCCAUUUCUAGCCCAUUACCCUGACUUACUAGCAGCAGGAAUUCUUCUUGUUGCAUCUCUUUUUAUUUCUUUUGGGGUCCAAGUGUCAUCAUACCUUAAUCACAUUUUUUCACUUAUAAGCAUGUGCGUCAUUGUUUUUGUCUUGGUUUUUGGCUUCAUGCUUGCUGAGCCUGCAAACUGGAGUCCAAAAGAAGGAGGCUUUGCACCGUUUGGGCUAUCAGGGAUACUGGCAGGUUCAGCUAGUUGUUUCUAUGCAUUUGUGGGCUUUGAUGUGAUUGCAUCGUCCAGUGAGGAGGCCAAGAACCCUCAGAAGGCUAUACCAAUCGCCACUGCUGUGUCUCUGGCAUUGGCAGCAACAGCGUACAUUCUGGUUUCUACAGUGCUUACAUUAAUUGUGCCCUGGUAUUCCCUGGACCCAGAUUCCGCUCUGUCAGACGCCUUCUUCCGUCGUGGUUACAGUUGGGCUGGGCUCAUUGUGGUCAUAGGCUCUCUUUGUGCUAUGAGUACUGUGCUGCUGUGUAACCUGUACUCCCUCCCUCGGAUUAUUUAUGCCAUGGCUGAAGAUGGCUUAUUCUUUUCUUUUUUUGCACGAGUCAAUCCUGUCACCAAAGUCCCUGUCAAUGCCAUUUUAGUUUUUGGUUUUUUUAUGUCUAUUAUUGCCCUAAUAUUUGACCUACAGGCCUUAGUUCAGUUCCUAUCCAUUGGCACACUCUUGGCUUAUACUUUUGUGGCCGCAAGUGUUAUUGUGUUACGCUUCCAGCCUGAAAAAGCAACAGUGAAAAAUGGCAUAUCUCCUAAUGCAAAUGCCGAGCCCUCUCCAGCACCUUCAGAGUCUCAGACUUUCAAAGAGGACAGUGGUGAGCUAAAGCAGUAUGAAUCCUUUUCAGACAAACUCCAGUUGGUGGAAAGGACCAAGGUGAAGGAGAGGCGUGCAGCAGGGCAGCUCAAGGCAUGUUAUGAACCAUAUCUCGGACGUUUUGUUGGAGAUUUUGAACCAGGUGAAGUGGUGGCCUUCUGUGUGCUUAUCCUCCUGGUUAGCGCCGCGUCCCUGUCUGCAGUGCUGACAUUCGGAAAUCAACCACUUGAAUUACCGCUGUGGAGCUUCUCCAUGCUGAUUGUGAUUUUUAGUUUGGCUUUUGUCAUCAGCUUGGCUCUUAUAUGGGCUCACGAGCCACAGAAAGACACCAAAACAUUCCAGGUACCUCUUGUUCCACUGAUUCCAGGGGCCAGUAUCCUUGUCAAUGUUUUCCUGAUGAUGAAGUUCAGUGCAAUGACAUGGAUCAGAUUUGCUGUCUGGAUUGGUAUAGGUCUUGUGGUAUAUUUUGGCUAUGGGAUCUGGCACAGUAAAGAGGGGAGGCGAGAGCUGCAUACCACAGACAUGGCGGCCCGUUACGUGGUGCUCCCCAGUGGCAGUUUAGUGGAAACUGUCCAGUCAGUGCAGCCCGAUGGACAGGUGGAGCCCUCUGGACCCCACGUUAACACAGGGGGCGAAUUUGAAGAGAAGAGAUGAUGUGUCAGAACUAAUAGUCAAAACCACUGCCUGGUUUAACUGGUCGACUCCUAUUCCUUGGCAUUAUGACUAAAGGUGGGUAGAAUAGCCAAAGAGCACAACAGUACUCGGAUACAAGUAAAAUGUAUUUUGGUGAGAAAAUCUACUCUUUUUUUGGAACAAACACAUGCAAUGGCAAAAUAUUUGUAUUUCUUAAAACAAUGCAAAAUAUGAAAAUUUGUUACAUCUUAAUUAAACAACAUAAAAU